ACAACAUAUAUACUAAGGGGUUGUAAGAAAGAAGACGACACAGAAUUAAAAACAGCAAAACUUAAUUUCCAGAGAGUUGAAGCCGACGAAAGCCACUCAAUGUCGUCUCAAAAAAAUCACAUUGACGAAUACAAAUUGAACAAUCGACCUGUUGUUAGACCAUCAUCCGCGCGACUUCGCUUCAACAUAUGCGGCGAGGGAUACGAAAUCCUGGAAUCCACUUUGCAGAAUUUCCCAGAAACCCCGUUAGCGAAAGACGAGUGGCGGGCAAAGUUCUGGGACGACACACGCGGCGAAUAUUACCUUGAUCGCAAUCGGGAAUGUUUCAGGGCCAUUCUAACCUACUACCAAAGCGAAGGGAUACUGUGCUCACCGGAAAAUGUACCGGAGAAGUUAUUCUUUCAAGAGCUCGAGUUCUACGGUUUGCGAGAACCCAGGACGAAACCUGGAAGAAUCCUGCCAAAAAACAGCAUCCAAAAGGAAAUUUGGGAGCUGUUCGAGUACCCCGACACUUCAAAAUACGCGAAGGCGAUUGCUUGGUUGAGUUGCACUGUUGUCCUUCUCUCUAUAGUUAUGUUCUGUGUGGAAACACUUCCUAAAUUUACCAAAGAAUCUGAAGAUAGCAAAACCGAUGUCGACGACCCCUUUUACAUAAUAGAAGCAGUUUGUAUAUCAUGGUUUACCUUCGAAUACAUCGUCCGAUUUAUCUCGUCCCCGAUCAAAACAAAGUUCGUCGUCGGCGCGCUAAAUUUAAUCGACCUAAUCGCGAUUCUUCCGUUCUUCAUAAGCUUCGCGCUGCAAUCAAGCUCGAACGUGUCCUCGUUGGCGCUAUUGCGUGCUCUGCGACUCGUUCGCGUCUUCAGGAUCUUCAAACUGUCGCGCUAUUCCAAAGGAUUGAGAAUUUUGGGCCUGACUAUGAAAGCAAGUAUGGCCGAACUUGGUCUGUUGGCAUUCUUCCUCACAGUAGGUAUCGUAUUAUUCUCGAGCGCGAUAUAUUACGCUGAAAUGGACGAAAACGGCGAAGUGUUCAGAAGCAUUCCUCACGCAUUCUGGUGGGCUAUCGUUACUAUGACAACCGUGGGUUAUGGUGACAUGUAUCCUGUCACGUUUGCUGGGAAAAUAAUUGGAAGCAUUUGUGCAUUCACUGGCAUCUUGUCAAUAGCUCUACCAGUUCCUGUAAUUGUAGCCAACUUCGAACAUCAUUACAACAAUGCAAAUAGCGAGCUGGAGGACAAGCUAAAUGUUGAUACCAGUUCAUCGAAAUAUGACAGGGUCCGAAAGUUCUUUAAAAGUAUCAGGAGAAAGAAAGAGCAGAAUCAUACACUACAACCUGUCUAGCAGGCACAUUUAGAGCUGUUUCAGCAACACAACAAUGAAAAUUUGGCAAAUUAGUAAUUAGGUAGAGUUAAUUAGCAGAUUGCAAAGCAAUUAAAGAUGGGAGAAGGUCGUAGGGCAAGGGCUUCAAUUUUUUGACAAAUAUAUCUAAAGCAGUUAAAUUGUUCUGUGGAGGGUAUCAUACUAGGACAGAUGUAAGGUAGUUUCGUAGGAGGCUGGGAGUGUGCAGACCAGUUGCCACUUGCCAGGCAUAGGUUGGGCAUGCGCACCAACUGUCAGAGAUAUUUGAAUGUAUAUUUGUUUGAAAAAGGUUCAAAGGGUCUCAACACUUGUUUAUAAGUGCAUGAGGCCAUAAGGUGCCACCUAUAUUGCCAGAGCUUUAAAAAGUCUCUAAAGGCCCUCUAAACUUCCAAAUAGUACGCCAAAAAGUAAUACUUAUAAUUGGGGACUGGUUUUUCGCACACAUUGCCCCAAAGUGCAGUACAUUGUGUAAGGUAUUAAAAAUAUCAAAUUCAACCACAGUA